CAUCAUGCCACUUACAUUUGUUGUUUUAUUGUUGUGUUUUAAGUGAAGUGAAUCACAGUAAAUGUCAUAUUGAUAUAAACGCACAAAAUAAUAAUCCCAUGAGUACUGUUAGUGUUUAGAAAUUAAUAAUAUUUCUUUGCCUUUUCCUGAAAUUAAAGAUUUUUUCAGCAUUGGUCAAAUUCAGCUGGAAACAUCACAUUAAAAAUGACCGAAAAGAAUGGACCAAUGGACGAAGUUGUCAAGGAAGAAACAAACAACCAGGAUGGGAAAAACAGUCAACCUCCUAAUUUACAACCUGUUGCAGUGCCCUGUGCUAAACCGGAGACCUCACCGGGGUGUACCCCCCCCCUCUUACAAAGUCUGCAGGGAUUGGCUCCAGUACCCAGAAACCCUCUGGUGAAACAGGAAGGGGGUUACAUGCAACCCAUUUGUUCGAUUGGUGUUGGAAAGACAAGAAAUCAACAACUCAUACCUGCAAUAAAGCAGGAACUAUUGAGAACGUUCUGAAGAGAAGUGACAUAUUUAGAGAUAUUGCAGGAAAGAACCAAGACAAAGAGCUUGUUAUUGUAAAAGAUGGGAAACUUAUAAGUUCACACUUUCCAUGCUGCUUAAUUAAACCAAAUGAAUCCCUGAUUGUCAAGUAUGUCAAAGCUGUAGACAAGGCAAAGCAACCGGUUAGAUGCUCUCAUCCUCGCCAAAGUAAGGUGGCACCUGACGAGCUUGUGAUGUUUCAUGUACUGCCGAAGGGAGGUAAAAAUGUAGCAAAUAUCAUGAGAAACCAGGUACUAAAAACAGAAUUUCAGAUAAUUACUGUUUAUGCAUACAAAGGUGAAAAAGUAAAGCAUGCUCUGAAAAGAGAUGGUCGUUUUCUGAAACCAUAUUCAAAAAGUACUGUGUGCUUUCUCACGAAAGCAAUAAAAAGGAGACUGAAAUUUCCAGUCUUGUUGAUUUUCUUGAUGGUGAAACCUUUCAGAUCAUACUGUUAAAUAGGUCUCAACCACCAGAAAGUCAGCAUGUCAGUCUCAGUGAGACUGACAUGAACGCAUCUCAGAGGUCUGACUCUGAUGUAAACCAAGAUCCUCCCCAGCAAUCAACCGCAUCUCAUUCAAUGAAUGACAGCAAACCAAAAGAGAAAUCAAUGCUGGAAAAUGUUUUUGAAAUACCUGAUUCAAAGAUGAUGCAGAAUCAUCUAUCUUCACAGUUUAAAGAUUUGGUGAAAGGAAAGAAAACCCUGCAAGGAUCUUCUUGUAUCCAGAAUCUCUUCCGUGUGGAGUACGGAAAGAAUGUUGAGACAUGCAUGGAAGUGAAAAUAGUAAAGAAACUGAUGGAUAUCAGUCAUUCAAUUUGCCAGGUGAGAAUAAAUGGGAAACCAGCAGGAAGUGGCUUUCUCCUAUUUGGCAAAUAUGUAAUCACAAAUGGCCAUGUCGUUAAAAACAUUUACAAUGAUGGAACGAAGCAGCUUAAUGAGAGGGUCACCGUCCAUUUCUCUUAUGAAAGUCUAGACCAGAAGGAGUUUGGACAGGCAGUGGAAAAGGUUGCUGGAUUUGAAUACAGUCGUGAUGAGUCAGGGCACAUGUAUGACUGGGCUUUGUUGAAGCUAGGAGCUGAUCAGAAAUUGCCUGAUGUUUUGUUAACAAAAACACACUUUGGUUCUCGUCCUAACGGUGGUGGAAUUUGCAUCAUUGGGCAUCCUUACGGUGGUGUGAAAAAGAUUAAUCCAUGUGUUAUUGUUCUGCCUGAAUCCCGCAACCAGGUUGCGGAGAGGCAUCAGCGUGAAAAUCCAGAGGGUGUUCUUCCAGAAAACCCUCACUACAGCAAAAAUCAAGAGCACAUUCAGGUGGUUACUCAGCGUUUCUUUGAGGACGUGAAAAAAGAUGAAAGUAUCAGACAGGCUCUAAUGUACGAGUCUUGUUUUUACUUUGGCUCCUCCGGCUCUCCUGUCUUUGAUGAGCACUGUAAUGUUGUUGCCAUGCAUUCAGGUGGAUAUGCCUACCGCAACGCACGAGGGCAGAGCCAGAGUGUCAUAGAGUUUGGCCAUCCUAUGUCCGUCAUUAUUGAACACCUCGUUGUCCAAAUGGUGGAAAGAAGUGAGUUUGAUGUGUUGAAGGAAUACUUGGCUUGCCAAAAUGCACGUCACCAAAUCAUGAUGACCAAUUUGAAGAAACUGGUUGAGAGCAGAAAUCUAACAGCAUUUUAUAGUGCAGUCAACAAUCCAGUGGUCAUAAGUGACGAGAGUUUGAAGACAUUCUUUCAAAUCUUAACUCAGAGAGAGGCACCAGUCCCAAUGGACAUUUAGGCAUGAGUGUACUGAGCGUAUACACACUGGUAGUUACAGAGCUAACUGCUGACCAAAGAUACAGAGAGAGCCGUUUGGGCUGUCGUGUUUGUUUUCAUAUAUCAGGAAACUAUGGUUGUUAAGCAUUUAAAUGUCCAAUUUAUUUUUUUAAACUCAAACAUUGAUAUUAGUCUCAAAGAUGUACAUCAUACCUUGUUAUCUUCUUUCUUCUGUUUUCAAGAAAAUCACCUAUUAGAUGUGGAUUUCAUCUCAUUUUUGUAAGAAAUGUAUGAAAACAAUCAUAGUAUAUUGGAUAUUGGAUUUGUAAUACUCUGUAAUACAUUAAUUGUGUUGACACCACUGUCUUGGGAAUGUUUGAUGGAUCUUACCUGGUUAAAUGGUUGUUGUUGUUGUUGUUGUUGUUGUUUUUAAAUCAGUUAUAGCAAAUAAAACGUGUUUUAUUUUUGCUUUAUUUGUUCUCAUGACAUGUAUAAAUGAGGUGAAAGAUUAAAUUUUCAGUUCACUGAGUGAUAAUCUGUCACCUUGAAUGUCUCUGACAUGAUGUUGUGUUUCGUUGUAGCAAUAAAUGGACAAGAGUGACCCUGACUGGACAUCAUUUUAUUUACAGUAUCAAUAAGUCUAUUGAUCUUUCUUUGAUUUGUGAA